UCUCUAACGUGAUGACACAGUCUAAUCGGACACAACAAACUUUAAAUAUAGAAAGAGAAAGAGAGAAAAAAAAAGAAAGGCACACUCAUUGUGUCACUCUCUCUCAAACACACAACAAACUCCUUCGAUUCCGUUACUUCUUAUGUUUGAAAACCCUAACGAAACCCUCACUCACUCUCACUCUUUCGUAAUAACGAAUUCACAAUCUCGGUGUUACUGUGAGAGUGUUGUCAAAUUCAACCAAUCAUGAACCGCCAAGUGUUACCGCCGAUGCCGACGAAAGCUAGCAAUCUCGACCCUAAAAUCUGGAGAGCAAUCGCCGGCGCCGCCGUUCAAAUCCCAACUGUUAAUUCUAGGGUUUACUAUUUCCCUCAGGGACACAUGGACCAAGCUUCUUCACCUCCUAACAAUCUUUCUCCUCUUCUUCUCUCCAGGCCGUUUAUUCUUUGUACCGUCUCCACCGUUCAUUUCCUCGCCGAUCCGAACACGGAUGAGGUUUUCGCGAAGCUCUUUCUUCAACCUCUUAAUGAUUUCACUGCUGCUUUUCCUCGACUUCCUAACCGCGACGUUGAUGACGGUGACAGAAUCUCUUCGUUUGCGAAGAUUCUUACUCCUUCUGAUGCUAAUAACGGUGGUGGAUUUUCCGUUCCGAGGUUUUGCGCUGAUUCUAUUUUCCCGCCUCUUGAUUUUAGUAUGGAGCCUCCGUUUCAACCGCUUCAUAUCACCGACGUUCAUGGUACGACGUGGGAAUUUCGCCACAUUUACCGUGGUACGCCGAGGAGGCAUUUACUUACUACCGGAUGGAGUAGGUUUGUUAACGGAAAGAAGCUCGUCGCCGGUGAUUCGGUUGUUUUUAUGAAGAACACUAGGGGGAAAAUGUUCGUUGGAAUCCGCCGUGCCGUCCGAUUGGUUCAGCCUCGAACUGGCACCGACUCGCCUAGGUUGUGUCUCCCAAUGUGCGGGGUGAGAAACAGGGUGGAUGACGAGGAGGAGAAGCAGCAGAAGGAGGAGGAGGAGAAGUGCAAAGAGGGGUUUUCAAGGAAUGGAAAGGGGAAAUUGUCGCCGAAGUUGGUUUCGGAGGCGGCGGAAUUGGCGGCACAGGGAAUGCCGUUUGAAGUUGUGUAUUAUCCGAAAGCCGGGUGGUCGGAUUUUGUGGUGAGAGCUGAGGUUGUGGAUGAUGCAAUGGGUGUUAUGUGGUCUCCUGGAAUGAGAAUCAAAAUGGCUGUGGAGACUGAUGAUUCGUCAAGGACUACAUGGUUUCAGGGUGUAGUCUCCUCUCUCUCUGUUCCUGAUAAUGGCCCUUGGCGUGGUUCCCCUUGGCGUAUGCUUCAUAUUACAUGGGACGAACCUGAAGUGUUGCAAACAUCCAAGUGGGUCAGCCCUUGGCAGGUCGAACUUCUUUCUACUACAUCUUCACUUCAUACUGCAUUUCCCUCCUUAAAAAGGCUUAGAGGGGGAUCUGGAGUGUUAAUUGAUAGAGAGGGAGACCCCUUUUCUAUGACAGCAUUCACUCAUUCAACAAUGGGACAAUUGAACCAAGCAUUGUUGAGUUAUGGUACUUUUCCUGCUGGCAUGCAGGGAGCCAGGCAUGAUCUAUUUUCUUCUAUUUCAAGUUUUUCCAACUUUACGGGUGAUAACUCCCGUUUGUGUAUGGGUAACUCCUUUGGCAACAACACGGUGCCGGGGUUGAAAUCGUUGUCAACUGAGCUAAAUGUUGGCAGUUCUCGAUCUGAUGAUUUGUCGCCAGAGAGUCAGAGUAGUUUGCCUUCCUUUGGCACUGACUUUUUGCGGAACCAUAAUUGCAAUUCAAUGAAACCCGGGUCUGUAUCGUUUCAGCUAUUUGGCGCAGUCAUUCAGACUGAACAGCCCGUUGAAAGUGGUUCGCGUGGUACAAGUUGCACAGGAGAUGAUAGCAGCAAAGGCUGCAAUGAAACUGAAGGCAUUAACAACUCUCUUGAGGAUUCUUUGACUUACUCAAAAUUGCUUGACAGGAUGGAUGGCCAGUGCCAAAUAGCCUCAACAGUCGAGGCAUGUUAUUUGUGAAAAUAGUUGUGACUAUGUCAUGCACAUAAGUAGCUGUACAGAACUUCGUUGGGGAGGAUAAAAGGUGCAGCUUCUCAUGGCAUGAAAUUCAAUGGCUGAAAAAACGGGAAUUUGUGACUCUCGCAUCUGAAGUACUUCACUCAGGCUGGAAGCUGACUACCCUUUUGACCUUGCAAUAUGCUUGUUUUCUUUUGUUUGUCAUGUUGAAACUUGAAACAAUGAAACUAGCUUUGUAAUAUUUGGUGAAGACUGAUUUUAAUAUUUGACAUUUUUAAUAUUUCCUAAAAUACAAGCUUUAGUAUCUCGAUAUCGACCCCGCAUUGGAUUUAAAAGAAAA